AUGGAUAACUUAAUGGCUAUAUCAUCUACCAAGAGUAUGCGGCUUGAAUUGCCACCGAGCUGUUUGCAAUUUUGCCCAGUCGACCAGUCUUGUUUCGUGGUUGGGACCUAUAAUUUACAGAGCCAAGAUCCAACAGAGCAGCAACAAGAUUUGCCGGAGGAAAGCACAUUGAAGAGACCCCAGAGUCGAAAUGGUAGCUUGAUGCUUUUCCACCUGGCCGGGAGCGAUUUGGUCAAGAUUCAAACGGAGCCACAACCUUCCGCAGUCUUAGAUAUUCGCUUUCACCCAACCCGUAGAACGCCCCAGAGCGUCUUUGCCGUUGUGUCGAGCACGGGCACGCUGGUUAUUUAUCGUCUCAAAACAGGUGAUGGUCCAGCGCUGGAGCAUGUGGCAACGAGUCGAUGUGCCGAUCUGGGAGAGGAUGUUUUGUUUUUGCAGUGCAACUGGCAUCCUUCCGUUGAAAACACGAUCGCGGUGACUACUUCGACCGGUCUUGCGCGGUUGCUGCAUCUUGACAACUCCUGGUCCAUCCAGGGCUGGACGGACUUGGACAUUCAAAACACCUUGGAGGCCUGGUCAGUUUGCCUCUCCAGUCCAGACAAUAGUAGAGGUGAAAUUGGCCAGCCGACAACUGUCUAUUGUGGGGGCGACGACUCAAUACUGAGAUACACAUCGUGCUCUCUGGUCCCCCACGACAAUGAUGCAAAAAUGGAGACUAUUUCCGCCUCGAUAGGCAUCAAGGGGGCACACAAUGCCGGCGUGACUGCGAUUCUACCCCUCUCAACCUGGACAUCAGCUGGUUGGCGGGUUGUUGUUACGGGGAGCUAUGAUGAUAUGCUUCGGGUGAUUGCUAUACAUGAUCCGCAUGAAAGCCAUGGGACCAAGAUGGUGCAGCUAUUGACAGAAAUUGACCUUGGCGGUGGUGUAUGGCGGUUGGAUUUGAUCGACUUGAAGUCAGACUCUUGUGGAAAGGGCUCUGUCCACAUCCUCCUUCUGGCGUCCUGCAUGCAUGCCGGGGCCAGAAUAGUGGAAAUCGUGACUGAUGAUGGCCAAUGUUGGCGGAGCGCAGUACUUGCAAAGUUUGAAGAGCAUCAGAGCAUGAACUACGCGUCCGACUGUGUAUAUAACCCGGACGAGCGUAGCUUGACGUGCCUCUCGACAAGUUUCUAUGAUAGGCUACUGUGUCUAUGGACGUACAACCUAUAA